UACACUCGCUAAUCUGUUUAGAUUAUAUUGACUCGGGAUUUAACUCGGACUCGUAUUUUGUGACUUGUGAACAUCUCUGGUUUCAUCCGACGUGGAAUCGGAACUUGAUUUUGAACCGCUUCUCUAAUAAGGUUCUAAGAAACUUAAAUGGAGUUGUUUUGGUUGAAACAGGCUAUCAGGGAACCCUCAAAACAAAAGUGGCAUCACUACCCUGUCAACCAAUGCCAAGUUCAAAGGUGGGGUCCUCUCUGGAAGGGGGGCAUCAUGCCAACUCUGGCUCUUCGCUUUCUGAGAAUGGUUCCAUGGCGAUGCCCGGGGGUGCUGCCACCUCAGCCGUGCACGCUUGAAUUAAUAAAGUACGCUGGCCGAUCCUGGUGUUACGCCAAACGAAGAGCUGGCAAGUCUGUGCGAGAGAAACCAUGAUGUAUAGAAACACGUCCACCUGGAGCGAAUUAACACUCAACAGGGCUGCGUCCACCAGGGAACAGGGUGCCAGUCUAUCGCAGGGUUUUGGUCACCCCCCCUCAGACACAGCAAGUCACGUCUGUGUGUACGGCCAGCCGGCAUGAGAUUUGAACCCGCGUCUCAGAGGUAGUGGCUAGGGUAAUAAACUCCUGUGCCACCCAUGUGCCCGCUUUAUUAACCGUGCACCUUCAUAUAGACUCACUAUACGGACAAAAGUAUUGGGACGCCCCUUCUAAUUACUGAAUUCAUGCAUUUCAGUUAGGGAACAGUUUAAGGAAGGUCCUUUCCUGUCUCAGCAUGACAAAGUGAGCUGUAUAAAGACAUGAGCCCUGAGCUCAGCCCCACUCGACAGCUCUGGGAUGAACCGGAACCCAGACUGAGAAAUCAAUCAGUGCCCAGCCAUACAAAUACGAAUGCUGUCAAUUUUGACUGAAUGGGCACAAAUUCCCACAGACAGACACACUUCAAAGACACACUGUUGUUCUAGCUGAAACGGGACAUCCGAUAAGCUCACACUCAGGCGUCCAAAUACUUUUGGUAAUGGAAUUUAUACAUCGGAUGGAUUCAAGCGUCCUAAAUGAUGUACUGCAUCGUAAACAAGGUGUGUGUGUGUGUGCGUGUGUGUGCGUGUGUGUGUGUGCGUGUGUGUGCGCGUGUGUGUGUGUGUGUGUGCGUGUGUGUGCGUGUGUGUGUGUGCGCGUGUGUGUGUGUGCGUGUGUGUGUGUGUGUGUGUUACAGAGCAGUGAUGGAUCUGUAUUCGGCGCUGAUGAUGACGACCUCUCCGGUCUUUCCGCCGACCCCGCAGACUAUCAGCUCCUCUCAGUCCUGGGGCGGGGCUUCAAUAACCUGAGCCAGGUGAGCACGGCGCGCCACAGGCCGUCCGGUCGACUGGUGGCGGUGAAGAUCACCAACCUGGACGAGUGUACGGAGGAGGAACUGCUGCAGAUCAUGAACGAGGUGUUGUUAUCCAGACUAUUCCGUCACUCGAACCUGCUCACGUCCAGACUGGUGUUCAGCUCCUGCUCUCAGCUCUGGGUUCUCUCGCCCCUGAUGAGCUACGGUUCGGCGGACUCGCUGCUGCGCUCCUUCUUUCCGGACGGGAUGAGCGAGUCUCUGGUGGCGUAUCUGCUGUACGGGGUCCUGAACGCCCUGAAGUACCUGCACCACAUGGGCUACGUGCACAGGGGUGUGAAGGCGAGUCACGUGCUGCUCUCGGCGGGGGGGCGGGUGUGUCUCUCCGGGUUACGGUGUGUGUACAGCAUGAUGAGGGACGGGAGGAGGAUGGAGGUGGUGCACGACAUGCCACAACAUGGUCCAUCACUCCUGCCCUGGCUGAGCCCAGAGUUACUGAGACAGGAUCUCCACGGUUAUGGGGUGAAGUCUGACAUCUACAGUGUGGGUGUGUUGGCGCUGGAGCUGGUCAGCGGGCGGGUACCGUUCCAGGACAUGCCCCCUACUCUGAUGCUGCUGCAGAAGCUGCGAGGUUCUCUGAGCUGCGUGCUGGACGGCGCCCCCUAUCCUCUGGGGGAUUUCAGCGCUCUGAAGGUUUCUCGCUCCGGCGUGGAUUCGGGGAUCGGCGAGAGCGUCGCGGCGGGAAGUUUAACCCGGACCGCCACGGCCGAGAGACCACAGAGCCCCGCCCCCAAAAACCACUCGGCUACACUGCACAACCUGUUACAGCUCUGCUUACAGCAACAACCGGAGCGCAGACCGUCUGCAUCGGCGCUCCUGACUCACCCGUUCUUCAAACAGGUGAAGAAACACACCCUGGACUCGUUCCUCAGCCUGAUGUACCCAGCCGUGCCUCUGUCCUGCCCCGUGGACGUCCCCCCGUCGACCCCCACGACCCCGUCCAACAUCCACACUAGCACCGAACCUGUGGACGGAGGACUGUGGGACUUCUCCUAAUACACACACACACACACACACGCUACACAAUCUACACACAGCGCUGUGAAAAAGUAAUCGCCCCCCCCCCCCCUCUGAUUGACCACACCAAAUAUUUUCCGAUCGGUCAUCUGUCCGUGAGCUGAAGCUGAGACACUGUAGCAUUUUUUACUACUUUAUUUCUGCAUUUUCUCCCUUUUUCUCCCAGUUUAGUCGUAGCCAGUUCCUGUUUCUCUGCUGGAGACCCCGAUGGUGUACGAGGAGGGUAUAUUCGCUCCCACCGACCCCUUCUUAUCCCCCCGUACCUCAGUGGAUCAGCGUGUGAGGUCGGCGUACAGGCGCCUCGGAAUACUAACCAGGGUCCUUACACGGCGUCGAAGACCCCGCCCACUUUUUAGUCCCGUCUUUUCCCACCCAGCAGACUAGCGACCGAUUUUGUCUGCUGCCGGCACUAGGGGGCGCCCAGUCGACCGGUAGCAGAGCUGAGAUUUUAAUAAUGCAGUAUUAUUUGAUUAAGGGGUCACUUACUUUCUCACAGCACUUUAAGACAUGCUUGAUGUUGCCAGAUCAUGCAGAACUGCGUAGAUAUUCAGCAUACACAACAAAGAAGAAGAUGCCCUUGGUAUAAACGGUACAACCACUGUGCUUAGUCUAGAUCUUCCUCUCCGGUCCUGAUUAUUAUGGGAUUGUUUAGCGUUGGUGUUGGUUGGUCUGAAAGCUUCGGUCACACCAGGUCACACCAGGAUUUUGGAGUGAAACCGAACCAAAUCUCACCGCACAAUGUCGUUCCCUUGAUUUUUUACCCACUGAUCCACUGUAGCACUGUUCCACCAUCAUCCAGAACGGUUCUGCGCUUUUCCACCACGAAGGUUCUCAGCCUGAAUAACGGACGCCGCUCUGACCCCCGUAAUCUUGCUGGUCUGGAACCGACGAACCUGUGAUGCAAACGGCCGAUGUACUGGAUCUUAGCGUCACCAUAAUUACACUGUUUACCACCUUUUUACCAUUUACGACUAAAGCGGGAGAAAAGCUGAUGGAGGUUUCGUGUAGUUCACGUGUUAAAGGCAGCGGAUCUUUGAUCAGCACCAGAUUGUUAGCAGGAGGGCGUGGUGAGCCCUCACCCGCAGUGGUCCGAGGAGGCCCCGGUGAUGUACCCGCAGAGCCUGACCCUGAAGAACCUGUGAAGAACUGAGAACUCGCUCCAUACUGUAGAACCGAAACCUAAACUGUGAUCGACUCCUCGUCUAUAAGAGUCGUUUUAUUAUUUCAUGUUUUUGUUUCACGUGUCUGAACCAUCAUAAUCCGAUAUCAAUAAAAUAUUCUGACCUCGUUUCUUUAAA